GGCGGGGCUGCGGGCAAGAAGUCUCCGCGGCGGCCCCAGUGCGCCCGCUGCAGGAACCACGGCUACUCCUCGCCGCUGAAGGGCCACAAGCGCUUCUGCAUGUGGCGGGACUGCCAGUGCAAGAAGUGCAGCCUGAUCGCCGAGCGGCAGCGGGUCAUGGCCGCCCAGGUGGCCCUGAGAAGGCAGCAAGCUCAAGAGGAAGAACUGGGCAUCAGCCAUCCCAUCCCUUUGCCGAGUGCCACAGAAAUGUACAUGAAGAAAGAGAACAAUGCCAGUGGUUCUUGCUUACUGAUGAAGAGCAGCAGCCCCACACAGUCCAUGACAACCACAGCAACCUCAAGGGCUGCCUCAUCAACAGAGGGAUGGAUGCUCACUCAGGACAUUCCUUCUCUGAGCAGCAGAGGGCAUCUGGAAAGCACAUCUGAUUUAUUUGUGGACUCCACCAACUACAGCAGUUUUUGCCAGCCAUCUCCAUAUCCUUACUGCAACAGCUUAUACAACUGCUCCCAAUACCAGAUGGCUGUGGCCAAUGAAACCUCCUCUGGAGACAUGGGGAGCUCCUUGGUAGGGUCCCCUGCAAAAAACAGCCUCCGAAGCCUCCUGGCAACCUAUGUGUCAAGCCAUUCAGGAAACCAGUGGCAGGUAAAAAGCCCAGAGAACCGUCAUGGUAUGAAUUCGCAGUAUGGGAUGCCCACUUACUAUCCCCUCACCUCCUACUUGGGGCAGAGUGUUGGCAUCCCUGCCUGCGUUCCCCAGAUUUUUACUCGUGAGGAGAGUCCUUCUUUCUCUGAAACAAAAGCCAGUGUAUUUUCACCACCCAGUAGUCAGGAUUCUGGCUUGGUUUCCCUUUCCAGCAGUUCUCCCAUCAGCAAUGAGAGCACCAAAGCUGUUCUGGAGUGUGAGUCGACCUCCGAUUCUGGUACGUUCACCGUUAAUGCUGUCCUGGAAGAUGGUGAAUAAGCGAUGCUGAGCAAAUCCUGGAUCCCUUGGAGAAGUGCCUUCUUGUUGUGUUUGUCUGUUUUGCGAUGAUUGAUGCAGAAGUAACUGUUGGAAAAGAAAUGUUUGAUUUAUCCCCUUUAUGCUUGUGGUGGGUACUGAACAUCAGAUUGCUACACUAGUUGAAGGACCACAGCCAUACAGAUUGCUGUGGCCAUUUCUGUGCUGUCCAUUCAAGGGACACUAAACAAAAAUUACGAGAUAUAAUUGUAGUUAUAAAAACAGGGUAUUUUGCCAAUAACAUGCAAUCACAGUUGGAUGAACUGAUAAGAUACUUAAAUUUGUGUAUAUAAGAUUUCUAUAGUGCAAAGAGGUUUAGUUAAUGCCUUAACAAUGUUCAGAAGAAGAUAAAUACAGUUUUAGAUGCAGUGAGAAUUUUAGGAACUGCCAUAAAAGGUUCAUAAAUUCUUUGCACAAAGUAAAUGUUUUCACUUAAAACUUUUAAGAGGCUACAGAAGAGCAAAGGAUCCCCAGAAGAUAUAGGGCUCCUCCAGGGUUUACAAACUCCAGUGGGGAAAAUAUGUCUAAGAACGAUAGCUUUUUAAAGGAGGGGAAAAACCCUCUGCAAUUCAGUUACUUUUAUGGUUGCUUGUUGGAAGAUGCCAGUCUCUGAACAGGCAUGUGUUCUCUCAGCAACAUGACAUUAACAUAAUUUUGCAUUUUAUGAGUUAACCUAUUUGCAUUAGGCUACGAUCCUAGCUUCAUAUGAGCAGUAUCUUCUAAAAAGUUACUAUGGAUUUUGCAGCAUUGUAUUAAAAAUUGCUUAGCAUGUACUUUCCUUGGGUUACAGAAGCCAACCUGAAAUGAAACUAGUCUUUAAAAAAAAUCGUAUUCAUUGUUCACUGUAGUUGCAGCAGUACCUGAAAUAAAAAUGUUAUUGAUGACCAA